ACCGCCAGCCACACUGAGCCCUCCGGCCCCCCGCCUCCUCCUCCCCAGUCCCCUCCGCUCCCCCACCCCUCUCGUCUCUCCUCCUCCUCCUGCCUCCUCGUCCUCGUCCUCGCCUUCCCCCUUCCCCAUUCCCCCGGCGGCCGAUUCAUCCGCGCCCCCCAAACCCUCCGAAUCUCGGUCGCCUCGCACCCGAUGUCGCCGGCUGCUGGUGGCCCCGCGCCCGCGCCAGCGCAAUCGGCGGCCGCCGUCCCGCAGGCGAUCGCGGCGCCGCCGGAGCCCGGUCGCGUGGCGCCCGCGGCGUCCCGCCGGGAUCCUCCGGGCCACCCCGAGGGUGCCGAUCCCGCCAAUGCGGCGGCAAGGAAGCCGGUGUGGAGCGCGCUGUCGCAGCCCCCCGCCGCCGCUACGGCGGCGGCGGCGGGGGAGACCCCAGAGGGCGGCGGCAUCAUCGGCGGAGAUGCCUCGUGGCCGGCGCUCGCCGAGACGACGCGCGCGUGCCCCAAGUCGGGCUCGUCCGACUCCCUCAAGGCACUCUCCGAUGCGUCCGGCCCGUCACCGCAGGAGGAUCCAAUUGCUGCUUCAUCGGUACCCCCACAUCCAGCUGUGGGGCCUAAUCCGAUUCCCACUGCCCAAAACCCUACCUCCACACCUCCUCCCACGGCUGCGGCUUCCUCUCAGCAGAACGGGGCCACAACCCAGACAAUUCCAGUUCGGCGCGGUGGCAGCAGCGGUGGAAACAGUGGAGGUGGCAGCCGUGGGAAUGGUAACAAUGGUGGCCGCAGGGCUGCCAAUAGUAGUGGAGGUGACGGGAGCAGCGGCAGUGGUGGUGAUGGUAACUGGAAUGAUGGAAACCUUGGUACUGGCAGCGGCUGCAACAGCAGCAAUGGCGAUGGUUCGAUCAACUUGGAUGAUAAUGAUAAUGUCACUCGCGCUGGUCGUGCUGGUGGGAAUGGUAAUGACAGCAGCAGAAAUGCUCCUGGCAAUAGCCACUGGAACCACAACAUACGUGGUGGUAGCAGCAGUAACGGUGCUGGUAGUGGUGAUGGAAACAAUAGAUAUAGUAGUGGUAGCAGCAACCACUGGAAUAAUAAUCCCCGAAGCAGUAGUAGCAGUAGCAAUGGCGGUGGAGGUCGUGGUGGUUACCGGGGCCGCCGUGACCAUGAGAGAGGGGCUAAUUUCUCCCCUAGGAACUUCCCCAGAGUUCCAGUAAUGCCAUAUCAACAGCAGCAACAGCAGCAGCAGCCUGGCAUCUACCAGCCUGGGCCCUUUCACCGACCGCCGCCACCUGCUGCCCAUUUCAUGGUGCCACAGCAUUUUUAUGUUCCACCAUUUCCCUACCCUGCUGAUGUGCAACCCUAUCCUGUCUACCUCCCACCAGUAGAGCAGUUUCAGAACAUGCAUCUUGUUCGGCCACCCAUGCAGCCUGCAUGGGUUCCUCCUCCGCAGGAUCAGCCAAAUCUCCAAGAUGAUAUUAGGAAUCAGAUAGAGUUCUAUUUUAGCACAAAUAAUCUAUGCCAUGACACAUUCUUGCGGAGGCAUAUGAACAAUCAAGGAUGGGUACCUAUUGACCUAAUCUUGGGGUUCAACCGGAUGAGGGCAUUUACGGGCUUGGUGGACACCAACUACAUAUUAGAUGCUAUCCGUGGUUCUGAGUUAUUGGAAGUGCAGGGAGAUAAUGUCCGGAGGCGCAAUGAUUGGACAGAAUGGCUACUUCAUUAAGGCUGUCCACUAGCAAAUCAGGUUCAGAUGUCAAGAUGCACAGCUACAUGCUAUCUUCGGGGAACUGAAUACAAGUAUUGGGUGAUUUGAUCAAGGGCACCGGCCGUGAUGGACUGAUGUACAGUGGGUCAAUUGGACGCGGGAAGAAGAUUUUGUUUGUUUAGAUCGGGCGUAAAGGCACUAUUGAGGGGAUGACACCGAUAACAGGAAAUAAUUUUACUUAAAAGUACAAGUGUUUUUUUUUGGGGUCUGUAUAGUUGUCCGAAAAAAAGUGAUCUUGCCUUCUCAUCAUGGAUUAUGGGUCCUGUUGAACGAUUUGGUGUUGCCUGGGGUUUAUUCUUGGAAUCGCCCUCCAUUUUUGGUUGCGUCACCUUUUGCUUUUCUUGGGGAACGAUUCUGGCAACUGCAAUUGAGGUCAUGUAUGAUUCUAUUGUUUCGUGUCACUGCUGUAUCCUGCAUCUAUGAAAUGCGAAUGCCAAUCUCUACUCUGGUCGAUUCCUAGGUGGUC